UUGCGAUGUUCAUGUGAAUAAAUGACACUAUGAAUUUUUUUUUUUCCCUGAAAAAAUCUUGUUUACUAAUAUUCAAAUUAAAUUUCCCAUUGUUUAAAAAUUAUAUAAAAAAAUAAAUUGAACAGUUAUAUCCGUUCAAAAAAAAUAAAAUAAAAUAAAAAAUUUAACUGUUAUAUAUUUAGACGUACGAACUAAAAAAAACAAAAGAAAAAAUUUAAAAAUUUCGUAUACCAAUCCUCAGCCACGACAUGCACGAUGAGGCAACGUACCACGAACGCAAAGUUUAAAAGUUCCAUAUAUCUGUAAACAUGCAUGCUACAGUUAUGCCUGCGCAUGCUACAAUUACCAAACCCCACUUGAAAAGUUUGUAAGCAACACUCACCUUGCACACCCAGUUCUCUUGAGUCUUGGAACGUAGUCCGCCUGUCCAGACAUGGUAGAUCUGUCUUAUUUCCUUUUGCCACCUGUUUCUCGUGAUCUAUGCUCUUGUUUUUAUUAUGUGCUACUCUAAUAUAAAAACCAGUUCGUCUUUUUUUAUUAUUACUUUUUUUAUGAAUGGACGGUGGCUUACUGACACUAGUCCAACUCCCAAAUCCCAACUCCCAACUCCCAAAACCACCGCUAUUCCAUUUCCAUUUCUUUUUAUAUGGUUUUUAUAACGAGCCAUUCAUUCUCUCUAAUUCUCACUCUGAACUCGCUCAUUUCUCACCCUUUACUGGCGGCGGAGAGCUCCCCUCAUAUCAGUGCACAUCACCAGACGAAUCCGACCAAAUCCAACUCAACGCACCGACAAACAAGGAAGCGAUGGUGUCGAAGAAGAAGAAGCUUCUGAUUCGGAUAAUGCCGUCAAGCAGGGAGCGGCUCAAGCCCAUCAUGGGUUCGAAGAAGAAAGGCAGGGAGCGGGACAAGCCCACCGUGGAUCUCAUUUUCACUUGGUGGCGCAACUGUAACCACUUAGAUCUUGGUUGGGAAGCUGUGGUGCAAUCCCUCAAUGAUCCAUCCAUUGAUUUAUCAGAGAGACCUCUUAUGGACAUGGGAGAUGGUGCAUCUGCAUGGAGCAACUUCAAUCGCUGGAGCUGUGUGACAAUCUGGAAGAUGCUGUUGAACAUGACCUGGAGGGUGCUGUCAAACAAGAUCCAGAGGGAGGAACUGAAGCCCGGGGAUCACAUCUACACAUGGAGGCAUAGCUAUAGCUAUGCCCAUCACGGGAUAUAUAUCGGUGACGGAAAGGUUAUACACUUCACACGAGGAGGAGGAAAAGAUCGUAUUAUAUUCAGCUCGUCUCCAUCCUAUCCUUCAAGAAGUACUUGUGUGAUAAACAGUGACCACUCAAGGCUUGAUCGUGUGGUUACUACCAGCUUAGAUGAUUUUCUUUUGGGUGGAAAACUUUAUCGAUUUGAAUAUGGUGUUAAUAUAGCUCUCUUCAUUGCCAAAACUCGAGGAGGUACAUGUACCCGUGCCCCUAGUGCUCCUCUUGAAGUUGUCAAGUGCCGUUUGUCGGACUCCCUCAAGAUUGGCUUUGGUGACUACCACCUUUUUAAAAACAACUGUGAAGAUUUUGCAAUAUAUUGCAAAACAGGCUUUAAAGUGGCAGACUACAAUUUUACUAUUGGCAGGAGUGGACAGGCAGCAUCAUUUGUUGUUGCCAUAUCUGCUUUCAUUUGUUCUAUAAUGCGAUCCCCGGCCGUUAGAAUUACUGGUCUGCAUUUUGUUAUUGGUUAUGGCAUUUACUCUGCCUGUAGAUUGGCUUCGGAUGUCAGAGUUUGUCGUAGUGUUUGUGAAGCUGCAGAUGAGAGAUUGGCUGAAGAAGAGAGCUAUGGUAAUUUUAGGUGUCCCGUUAGUGUUAAAUUUAACUCCGCAUUUCUGAUUCCGAAACAUCUUGCACCUCAUCUUCUGCUGGUUGCAAUUUGGUGGAUUUGUUGUGGUGUAUUGCAGUGGACUACAGAGUGUAUAAGUUUUCGACUCGGCUGGUUUAUAUGGACUUCUAUGUUGUGCCAGCUGCUCUUUGUUCCCUUUGAUCCGGAAAACAAGAAAAAUUGUUAGUUUUGAUCUUCUCUUAAAUACUUUUGAGAGUAGUGUUUGUAUCUUGAGACGAUAAGCCUUGGGCAUAGGCUUCGCAUUGGAAUGAAUCUACGAAGCAUGUCCAAAAAUAUUAGAAAAUUUUCCGUAUGUAGGUGGAUACCAAGUUGUUUAUUAAAAGUAUUCUAUUAGAACAGAUA